CCCGAGAGACGUUCUGCUCGUGGGUAAUAUCUCGGCUAAACGCGAAGUCGCUUUUCAGUUGGCGUCUCGUGUGUAGUUCCGAUAGAAAUACGAAAAAGAAAAAAGACGCCGAUACGCUUAUUCGCGUUGUCAAAUCGUGACGCUCUCUUGUCACGUUGUCAAGUGAUUUUUUUCCUCAUACAACGCGAUUUUUUCUUCGCUGCGUCGUUCUGCCUUUAUUUUCAACGUAUAAUCACGAGUGAAUCCGUUUAAUCGAAUCUCGUUUUGUUAGACGCACGGGGUUUCUCGCGAUCGGAAGCGCCGGUUGAAAUUCCAUCUCACGCGAUUAUUCAUUUUUGACGUGUGCCCGGCUGGCUUGAGCUCGUUAUCGCGAGAAUAUACCCCGAUAAAUUGUUCGAAAUUAAUAAAUUCAAAAUAGCGGCGGAAAUGGCGAAUUUGCGACAAACACCUCUGACGUGUAGCGGGCAUACACGGCCGGUUGUUCAUCUCGCUUUUUCGGAUGUCACAGAGUCUGGCUAUUAUCUCAUCUCUGCUUGCAAAGAUGGAAAGCCUAUGCUUCGUCAGGGUGACACCGGCGACUGGAUCGGUACUUUUGAAGGACACAAAGGUGCAGUUUGGGGUGUUGCGCUGAAUCCUGAAGCAACUAAAGCAGCUAGCGGUGCUGCUGAUUUUAAUGCCAAAGUUUGGGAUGCCAUAAAGGGCGAAGAGCUUCAUUCUUUUCAGCACAAUCACAUUGUCAAAUCCGUUGACUUCAGCAGAGACAGCAAUCAUCUUUGUACAGGCUCCAACGAAAAACUCAUUCGUAUAUUUGAUCUAAAUAAACCAGAGGCUACACCACAGAUCUUUUCUGGUCACACGAGUGGUAUAAGGCACGCAAAAUUCUUCCAAGAUAACAAAACGCUUGUGAGCUGUGCGGACGAUAAAAGUCUUCGUGUUUGGGAUCGCAGUAGCGGUCAAGAGACGAGAAGACUCGAUUUUCCGGCGAUUCCGAGCUCCAUGGAAGUCUCUAAAGAUGGCAAUAUAAUUACAACGACACACGGAAACAUCGUUACAUUCUGGAACAGCAAAGAUUUGUCGAAGAUUCGUGAGUUCAUCAUACCGACUCAAGUGAACAGCGUUAGCCUACAUCCCGAUUGUACGAUGUUUGUCUGCGGUGGUGAAGACUUCAAGAUGUACAAGUUCGAUUACCUCUCUGGUGCUGAAAUCGAAUCAUUUAAGGGGCAUUUCGGCCCGGUGCAUUGCGUAUGUUUCUCGCCGGAUGGGGAGCUUUACGCGAGCGGUUCCGAAGACGGUACAUUGCGACUGUGGCAAACGACGGUCGGGAAAACAUACGGUUUGUGGCGUUGUACGGAACAGCCACAAGUGAUCCAGGAAAGCAAUACGGCUGUGGUUAAUAACAAACAGGAAGUUUCGGCGAGCUAAGGGUCAUUUGGCGUAUGAAAAAAAAGAAGAACUAUACGAAAAGAAGCGUUGAAAACUAUUUUUUCAACGUGUUACUCGUGAGUGAAUCCUUUAGGGAUUCGUGUGCAUGUGUGUACGUGUGUUUGAUCGGUGAGGCAUAAAAAAUGGCUUUUUUUUUAUCGUUUCUUUCUUUUCUUUCUGAGAGAGAGCGAUGGAAAAUAAAAAAUAAAAAAAAACAGAGCCAUUCACCUUUAGACGGCCGGGAUUUGAGAGUUAAAAUCGCCCUUCAAAAGUGUCCAAAUUAGAGUCUGGUAUCACGAAUCAACUAUAUACAAAGUUCAUAUCACAGGGCGAGCCGAUUGAUCGGUCUUCCGGUCCUCUAGAGGUUAAAUUUGAGAUUCUAAUUAUUUGGCCAAUGACUUUUGGGUAAUUUUCAGACUAAGAGACAUAGAAAUGUCGAUUUCCUGAUUAAGGCUCUUCCUUUACUUCCUGGACCGACCAAACCACUUUAAACAGCUGCCAAAUCCUCUGUAAAUACAGAACAAUCACAAGAUCUCGAAGAAAAUGCGAACAAUCGGAAUUUCGCCAUUCAUCCUCGAGUUUCGUUGACAAAUAAUUUCAACGAAUGGAAAAAAUAUUCCGACUCGUAUUUAUUGUGAAGAUUCGGGGAAAAAAAGAUUGCUAAGAACGAGAGAGAGAGAGCGAAAGAGACAGACAAACAGAAAAAGAGAGAAUGAAUCGGAAAAAGUGAAGAGCAUUUAUCUAAUUUAUAUACGUGCCUCGUUGUUGUGUACUACGUGAUUUGAAUGAGCAAUAACCGAGGUGUUGUGAUGAAUAAGCGAAUAAAGAAGCAUAUUGAAUUUCA